AUGGGCAGCCGCAUAAAACAAACGCUCCAUGAGCGUCGCAAGGGAGAGCUUGCUCUCUCCGACUUCGCCGACUAUGUCGAGAAACAGCAGGCAAAGCAGCGUACCAAGCAUGCCGGGUCCGUUGCCAGCGACAGUGGCUAUUCUACCGGCGCACCCUCGUCUCUGACCGAAGACCACGCCGAGCUUGAGAUUCUCGAUCAAUUAGGCCUUUCGGAGGGUCCGAGCCAGCCGAAAUUGAAGGACUGGCUACUUGAUACGUCAGAGGAUGCGACCGCCACUCUGCAGCAGUUGGCCGGCGUCGUCCAAUCGAGGAUAGAUGAAGGUCAUGGAGAGACAUUGUUCGACUUGGGCCUUGAGGAUAGCGGCGAAUCCAUGGGCUUCAGCAAAGAGCAGUGGGACAUCGCGCUGCAGAGAAUCAUCGAGGCGGCCGCGCUGGUUAAAGCCGCUGUCCGGGUGCUCCUUACCUACAAUGUUGGGGGUCCGCAAGAAGCACACAGCAAGAACGUCAAGGACCAGGCGAGUCACGGCAAGCUUCUUAUCCGUCAGACACCUUCGACUGCCAAAGAGGUGAUUGAGACUCGAAUUGCGGUGGUAGGCAAUGUGGACGCGGGCAAGUCGACCAUGCUGGGCGUGCUGGUCAAGGGAAACCUGGACGACGGCCGAGGCAGAGCUCGAGUGAACUUAUUUCGCCACAAGCACGAGAUUGAGUCCGGGCGGACGUCGUCUGUCGGGAUGGAGAUCAUGGGCUUUGACACUCAGGGCGACGUGGUGAUCUCCAACAUCCCAGGCCGCAAGUUGACCUGGGGCGAAAUCGGCACUCGGUCAGCCAAGGUCAUCACGUUUACUGAUCUGGCAGGCCACGAGAAGUAUCUGCGGACUACCGUCUUCGGUUUGCUCUCUUCGGCGCCCAAUUACUGUCUCCUGAUGGUAGCAGCGAACAAUGGCUUGAUCGGAAUGUCCAAGGAACAUCUGGGUAUUGCUCUUGCGUUGAAUGUCCCUGUUAUGGUGGUCAUCACCAAGAUUGAUAUUUGUCCUCCGCACAUUCUCCAGGAAACGAUAACGCAGUUGACGAGGAUACUCAAAUCGCCGGGCGCUCGCAAGAUUCCAAUCUUCAUCAAGAACCACGAAGAUACGGUCCUCACCGCGACGCAGUUUGUCUCCCAGCGAAUAUGUCCCAUCUUUCAGGUCUCGAAUGUCACCGGUGAAAGCUUGGAUCUGGUUCGAACGUUCCUCAAUAUCCUCCCUCAUCAUGGCCAUUACGAUAGUGAAGCACCGUUUGAAUUUCACGUCAACGACACAUUUUCCGUCCCCUUUGUGGGCACCGUGGUCUCCGGAGUGGUCCGGUCCGGCGUCAUCCACGCGGGAGAUACCGUACUGGUAGGUCCAGAUUCUCUCGGCCAGUUCCAGACAACCAGUAUCCGGUCGAUCGAGCGCAAGCGGAUACAGGUUCCCUUGUGUUCCGCGGGUCAGUCGGCCUCGUUCGCGCUCAAGAGGAUCCGACGGAAAGAUGUGCGCAAAGGCAUGGUGGUCCUGCCCAAGCUUGAGACGCCUCCCAAAGUCUACAGAGACUUUGUGGCAGAAGUCCUCAUCCUUUCACAUGCAACGACCAUUCGACCCAAGUAUCAGGCGAUGCUACAUGUCGGCCCCGUCAGCCAGACCUGUGCCAUCCUCGAGAUCGACCGUGAGUAUAUCCGCACCGGCGACCGCGCCACUGUGGCGUUCCGCUUUGUGCAGCGGCCAGAAUUUCUCACGGUCGGCGAGCGCAUCCUCUUCCGUGAGGGUAGAACGAAAGGCUUGGGGAUCGUCAAGGCGCUAGGCUUCGAGGAGGGUUCGUUAAGCAAGCAGACGCCCAUGCAAGAGACGACCAACGGCAACGAAGCCAAAGGGAAGCAGAAGAUGGAAGACAACACCGGCAACAAUGUUAAGCCUCGGCCUGGGACAACAACAGCAUCUGGGAAGGUAAAAUGA